UUAUAAACACUGAAAACAUUCGUACUCAAAAGUGAAAUUUUGAAAUUUUGAGGACUCUUUGUCAAUUUUCAUGGAUUCUUCUUCUCUCUUUGGGCUGAAGAAACAGAAUUUGAAAUGCUAUAUAUAUACUAAACAAGACAAAGUCCAAAGAACUCUUUGUGUUUUUGAACUGGAAAAUCAAAAAUUUCAAGAAGUAAGAAAGAAAUGAAGAGAGUGAUGAAAUUCUUUAAGCGGAAGUCUGAUCCUAAGCAAAAGCUUCGAGAUUGGCAACGAAAGCUACGUCAAGAAGUCCGUAACAUUGAACGCCAAAUUCGAGAUAUUGAGAGAGAAGAAAGAAAUGUACAUAAAGCUAUCAAAGACUCGGUGAAGCGGUAUGAUAUGGUCACUGCUAAGGCACUUGUUAGGGAAAUAGUGAGAUCGAGAAGAACGGUUAAGCGGUUAUACGAGAAUAAAGCGAAGAUGAAUUCAAUAUCAAUGCAUCUUGGAGAGAGUAUUGCGAUUUCGGGAACAGUUGGGCUUCUUUCGAAGAGCGGUGAGGUUAUGAAGCUUGUUAAUAGUCUAAUGAAAGCUCCAGAUAUGGCUGUGACAAUGCAGGCAUUUAGCAAAGAGAUGACCAAGGCUGGGGUUAUUGAAGAGUUUGUAAGUGAUGCGGUUGAUAAUGCCUUAGAUUCUGAGGAUAUCGAAGAGGAGAUCGAGGAAGAGGUUGAUAUGGUAUGGACUGCCAUAGCAGGAGAGACUGCAGCUGAGCUCCCAGAAGCAGUUAGGAAGGAAAAGAUAAAUGUACUAGCGCAAAAGGCGGGAACUUCACACGGGGAAGAUGCAAUUGCACAAGGAGUUGAUAAUGAAGACGAACUAGAGGACAUUAGAGCUCGGCUCGCCAAUGUUAGAUUUUGACUGAUAUAUACUGGAUCAUACUUGUGAGUCUUUUCUUAGAACCAUUUUUUAUUCUUGGUCGAUAUCUGAACUGGACUGAAGUGAUGAAAACAGGGAAAGAUCAAAGCUUUUGGUCAGUGAUUGUGCCAUUUGUAUAGAUACUAAAGAAAGUUGAGUUUUAGUUUUAGCUUCAGUGUUUGUUUGGUUUGGUUCUUUGGAAAGUUUUUGGAUUUGGAGUAGGAAACUCAUUCGGUUCUGGUUCGUCUUGAUUUGAUUUAGUCCGGUUCGAUUAAAUUUGGUUAAAAUUUGAUAUAUUUUGUUUA